GAGAUGCAAAGACGGUUUCUACAAUCUCCAAUGUACGGAUAGAUGCAGCAGCUUCUGUCAAGGUGCAACAUGUUCCUUUGAGCUUGGUAAUUGCGCCCCAUGCGACAUGGGAUGGUACGGACAGAAAUGUGACGCUGUCUGCAGUCCGAACUGCAAGAACAACAACUGCGUGAAUACGAGGACUUUCUGUUCAGAAGGUUGCGCAGAUGGAUUUUACGGAAGUGACUGUUCUUUGUCCUGCAAUAACAACUGCGUCAACAAAGCAUGUAACGUCACUACUGCGGCUUGCACGUUUGGUUGCCAAGGCAGCAUGUACUAUGGGCCCACAUGUAACAGCGCUUGUAACGCGAAUUGUCUGGGCGGCAUCUGCAGCAGGGCCGGAUAUUGUCUGUCAGGAUGUAACGUCGGUUUCUAUGGCGACCAGUGUCAGCUAACGUGCCAAUCGAGCUCCAAAUGCAAUGACGGUACUUGUGGUCGUGUGUCGGGCAUCUGCGACGACUGCCAAGUCUCCCCACCCAGCGUCAAUUGUCCGUCAGCUGUCUGCCCAGCGGGUUUCGCAGGCGACGCCUGUACCACCCCCUGUCCGAGUAGACUGUGCCUCUUCAACAGGUGUGACCGCUACUCGCCCAACCACUGCACAGCCUGUCCGCAAGGGUCUUAUGGCAGCUUGUGUAACAUGACCUGCCCCAACUGCAAGUCUGGCUGUAACCAGAACACGGGUGUGUGUGAUGACGGUUGUAAGGAUGGAUGGUACGGUCAGACGUGCAACCAGCAAUGCAGGAGUGAAUGUGCCUCGUGUGAACGGAACUCCGGAGAAUGUGUGACUUGUAUUGCCGGACGUUGGGGCCUAAACUGUCAACAAAGCUGCAGUGCGUUCUGUCAAAUGACCGUCGAGCAGGGUGUCAACAUGCUAUACUGCGACAAGACCACUGGCGCAUGCAGGCAAGGGGUGUGUCAAGUUGGGUACUGGAGGGCAGACUGCACUCAGGCGUGUCACACAAACUGCCUGACCGAUAACAACGGUAACAGAGUGUGUGAAAUACUUGACGGUAGAUGUACAUUCGGAUGUAAGGACACUUUUUACGGCACCGUAUGCAACGAAACGUGCAGUAUUCGAUGCAAGAAUAGAAUGUGUAAGAAUUACGCUAACAACUGUGACCUCGGCUGCGCUGAUGGUUACUAUGGCGACAGUUGCAGCGGGACAUGCAGUUCGCACUGCGGAGGUAACAAGAAAUGCUUCGCGAACAACGGAACAUGUACUCAAGGAUGUGAACUGAGUUACUACACCCCAAGAUGUGAUACACCAUGUGCUAACACGUGCUUGGACGGUACAUGCGACGCUACUGGGGGUUGUCCGGAUUGCAAGAGAAGUCCUGUGGGACUGAACUGUCGAGUUCAGCAGUGCACACCGGGGUAUUACGGUACCACGUGUGAAAGCAGAUGCCCAGGGGCGCAGUGCAUAAACAACAUGUGUAACCGUCAGAAUGGACACUGUAAUAACGGAUGCAAUACCAACUAUCACGGUUCUUAUUGUACGGAAAUAUGUCAAUGUAGCAGCGGCGGUACGGAGAGGUGUGAGCAGGUUGACGGCUCAUGUAAAUGCAGGACGGGAUGGACCGGCAAGUUAUGUGACAAGUUCUGCAAUGAGGGAUGUUUGGGAUCACAAUGCACACAAGAUGGCACCUGCUUGAAUGGCUGUAAAUCCGGUUACUAUGGCAGCGACUGCAGUGGGACAUGUGACAACUGCGUCGGAAGGAACUGCAGUGGAAGCACGGGGGUCUGUACCAACGGCUGCGUAGCUGGUUACUAUAGCAACAUGUGUAACCUGGCCUGCCCGGCAGAAUGCAAAGAAUGUGGCAGUGCAGGAACCUGCACCAAGUGUAAAGACACCCACUAUGGACUGCCUGCCUGCAACUUGCCAUGUAGUGAGAACUGUGUGGUCACUUCAUCCGGUCGCGUCUGUAACGAGAUCAGUGGGACGUGCUUAGGGGAUUGUAAAGCAGGCUUCUUCGGUGCACAGUGUCAUACAAUAUGCAGCGUGCAGUGCGCUACGGUAAGUUGCGACCGUGGAAGCGGGGCGUGUACCCCAUGUAAGACGGGAUACAGAGGGGUAAACUGCACGGCGACUUGUUCUGGGAAUUGUAAGCCAGGGAAUUACGGUCGAACAUGUGGACAGUUAAACGGCUUCUGUGACAAAGGCUGCAACACCGGUUUCUAUGGGGACGACUGCGUUUUGACCUGCCCGACUAAUUGCGCAAACAAGCAAUGCGACGCCAAUGGGCUUUGCACGGGCUGCACAGAAGGUUAUUACGGCAGCACUUGCGCCAACCAAUGUAGCGGAUGUUUUGAACUUCAGUGCUCCUCAGUGAAUGGAGACUGCAAAACAAAAUGCGUGGCUGGAAAGUACGGGACUAAGUGUAUUUCAAACUGCCUGGAGACUUGCAAUGACAGCACGUGUGAUCAGACGACAGGAAAGUGUGAAGCAAAGGUCACUUACCCUACCCUGCCCCCGGCACCGUCCACAGCGGAUGAUGAGGAGCUGAGUACCGGCGCCAUUAUCGGCAUCGCCGCCGGUUGCUUCGGCGCCCUCGUCAUCAUCAUCGUCUUCGCCUUCUGUUGCUUCUAUCAGAUGAGGCGCGCGGAGGACGCGAAGAGCGAGAUCCACAUACCGGAAGACAUUCUCGAGCGCCUCUCGCACAAGGGUUACACACCGCAAGUGUCUGCACGUGACCUCCACAGCCAAUACUCGACCAGCCUUCCCAACCCAAACUAUAAUCUAGACGGAGAUGAUGAGAAAGAUUUUGUUCUUUUUUAAGAGAAACAAAGCGUGUCAUGCACAUGCUUUGAAGUCAUUUAGAAAAUCACGUUGAGACACAACACGUUUAUGUUUAAAACAUAGCAUUGAAUACAUAUUUUUUAUUUAAGGGACAUUUUCACAGAUUUUGGCAAUGAUUGAAGUUUGUCAUUAAAUGCCUUAAAUUCUAUAAAUGUAUACAUUGGAACUAAAUAGCAUUUAAACCAAUCGGCCAUCCGUGCUCAUACAGUGAAUGGUGUAUUAAAUACUUUAUAUAUAAGCAAUUCUCGUGAUGUCAAAGAAUAGAACGAUAGCAACAUGACUCCCUAAAUUAUUAAAUCGUUUCGAUUUCGUAACGCUUGAUAUUUUUAAGGUUUUACAUUUUCAAAAGAUGCAUAUAAUGAAUAUUUUAGAGCAUGGUAAGUGUUCAGUACUACUGUUUUCUCGCAAAUGUCAUUACAACAUAACUAUUAAAUUUGCAAACCUGAAA